CUGAUUAUUUAUUAUUGCUGGUUUGGUUGUCAAUAAUGACUAAGUAUAUUCAGAUCAUAAACCCUAAUUUAGUGUAUGAAUUAAAAAGCCAAACUGACCUAGAUGGGGUCGACUUUUUCGGCCAAUACACCAAAAACACCUCCAUUUUCUCCAAACAUUUAAAUGUUUACAACUUUCCAGUGAAAAUCAGACCGUACUUUUCCGUAAAUUUCUUUUGGAGGCGCAAGGGAGGGGGUAUUCCGAAGAAAAAAAAAAAACCGAAUAUACGGAUAGAAAAGUCUACCAAGUUUAUCUAUGUCGACUAUGCAAUUCCAGAUGCUUCGAACUAUACUUUUGUCGCUACUCGUAGAUAUCUUGCAACCUCGCCAACUGCCAACCACACGGAAAAGCAAGGAAAGAAUACAGAGAGAGGAAGCUACUCAAAAUGGACGCAGUUGCAGACUUGCAGGGGCUUUUGGUCGGCAAUGGCGAUCUCAUCGAGCUCCGCUCUAACGUUGACAACUUUGCAACUCACUCCACGAUCGCAGCCUCAACUCUCCCCUCAAAGUUUAUUCUUCGGAUGCUAUUCUCGUUCAUUCUUCCAAUCUCAAUGUCGGAAUCCAAGGAUUUAUGAAGCUUCCGGGGAACGAAGUCUCGAUUGUUUUCGCCUUUGUUAUCGGUUCUCGAGCGAUGAUUUCUUCGAGGAUGACGAAGAAGGUGAGAAUUGUAACUUCGAUGAAGCGGUUUUGCUCUUCAACAACAGGGAUUACUAUAAGUGCCACGACUUUCUCGAAGCUCUAUGGAACAAAGCAGAGGAGCCGAGACGAACUCUGAUCCAUGGGAUUCUACAAUGCGCCGUGGGGUUUCAUCACCUCUUUAACCAGAAUCAUAGAGGGGCGAUGAUGGAACUGGGAGAGGGGUUGUGUAAGCUUCGGAAGAUGAACUUUACAAGUGGGCCUUUUCAUCAGUUCGAGCAGGAGAUUUCUGAAGCUCUGAAUUUUAUAUACCAGACUCAGUUAGAAUUAGCUGCCUGUGCUGAUGAUUUUUGCAUCACAAUGGAUGGCUCAGAGCAGUCAUAUCAACUUCUUGGUAGUUUUGCUGCUGGGCAGUGCCUAUAUCAUUUAAAGACUGACAACAAUGUUCCUUAUAUAGUUUUCUGCCCCGAGGAAUCCUACCACAUCAGAAACCCCGUGAGGGUCAAGAUUCCCACUAUUCAUGCAACACAAGAAGAUCUAAUGGCCUGUUAAUUCUGCUGACUCUAUCAAUUUGUGAUGAUUUAGCCCAUAACAUAUAACCCAUAUCUAUUACAUUGAAUCUAAUUCUUUUUUUUUCUUUUCA